AAUAGAAAGUUGCAUCGUUACUGAUUGGGCAGUAAAAGGUUCAAAUUUCGCUAAGACUGAACCUUUUCAUGUGCGAGAAUCUUAAACUAUGGAAAAGUUAUCAAGUUCUAUGCCGGUGGUGCACGUUUCACCAAUUUGGCCAAAGCGAAGGAAACCACGAUCUUUUAAAAAGUCCACGAACCUUCUCAUGAAAAUACUCCGAUUCAUACACCCUGAUUCAUCAAACUGUGCAGUAGAAGUCACUGAAUUAACUGACGAAAGCGUAGAGAAGGAGAAAAGGUUAAAGAGAGUCAAGAGCUUUGCAAAAUGUAAAGAAGAUUAUUGUGCCAAGGAAAGAAAUCGAAAUGGGUGGACAAUGUACCGAGAGAAAAUGAAGUAUUUACAUUAUUUGGAAAGAAUGGAAAAUGGAUCAGGAAAACGCAGCAAAGCUGCCAUAUCAGUACCGACGUUUGCACAACUUUUACCAGAUAAUAGAGUAAACGAAAGGAGGCAAAAAGGAUUCUUGAAUUCAGAACAAACUGGUCUUGAAAAGUUCGCCCCAGGUGUACGUCUCAACACACCCAAGGCAACUGCAUCAAAAAGUCAGAUUUCAAUCAUGGAUGCAAAACUUGAUCCAAGAUUUCAAAACUUGAUGCGGUCUCUUACACCAAUAGACUGUUAGCUACUGUUAGUUCAAACAAAUUUAGGAACAUCAGAAAAAUUGUUGUAAUUCAGCGUGAAGAACUCGAGCAGAAAGC